GAAUGUUUUUCUGGUCAGAAUUCAAAGGGGAGUGAAACCUCUCUCCUAUCCCCAUCUCUGGGUGUUUAGCAGGUCUUUCACCUGCCAGGUAACUAACUAAACUAAAAGAUUCCACCGAACUACCGCCUUAAACACCAACGUGGGCGAUACUGGGAUGAUAUGACCUAAGUAAAAACAGGUAUGUCAGCAAAUGUGUCCAAGAAUGUCUUCAAGUAGCUGCUGGAACGGUUAAGUCAGACAAGUGCAGCAAGUAUCGACCAAGAAAGUGGGGACAUUAACAAUCUCAAGAAUGUCAGGCCAAGGUGGCUUCGUCGUGGACUCGGGUGAGGAGGCGGCGUUGUUGUCGACCGCAGGUCCAAACACGGAGCCACAAGUACCAGGAGGUAAAAAGACCCAAGACGGCAAUGAUGUAGCUGCAAAAGAGGAGGUUACAGAUGAGGAGGAGGAACACAAGAUGAUCAGUUCUGCACAUCUGGAGCCGAGUACUUUACCAUGGCCGGGAGACCAAGACAAGAUCAUCCCGUUGGACCUGGACAAAGGAGUUUCAGGGGUUGGGGAGAUGGAAACUGGGAUCAGCAGAGGGAGCCAGGACCUGUCGGAGGAAGAGAGUGACCUCAGAAACAAAACCAAAUGGAGAGAAAGCAUGCCGGAGGGGGAGAGGUGGAGGGACGACGAGGUUGAGCUGCAGCGGGGUGAUAAAGGGGACGGCUCACUUGCAGAUGAUGAGGAAGAGGAAGAAGAAGAUGAUGAUAAUGGCGAGUGGAUCUCAGAGAAGUCUGCCCUGGAUUUCACCCCACAUGUCAAGAUUGUGUGUCCAUCUGCCAAAGAGUUCCCUGAGGAGGAUGGGAACUACAGAGAGAAGGAGGUGGAGACGGAGCUGCAGAUGGAGCCCAACGCAGCUCUACAGUUUUACCCCGAGUGGGAAGAACAGGAUGACAAAUAUUACCUUUGUGAACACGUGUGCAGUGAGAAAGUUGGGCUGAUCCUGGCGACGGUGGCUGCAGGGCUGCUCUUCCCCCUCCUGGUGUGGGGAGGUUACGCUUGGCUCCCGUUUGACUCUCCGCUGCUGCAGAGCCCCCCCCUCCGCUUGAUUUACACACUGCGGUGCUCGUUCUUCGCCAUGAUCCCCAUCCUGCUCGGUGUGGUGGUACAGGGAGUGGCCCGGCUGCGUUACAGUUCCCUGAAACCGCUCCAUCAAGGCAACCUGGUGAACAAGGAAGUGGCGGUGCACUGGCACUACGUCAACGAUUCACUGGCUCUCUUCCUCUUUUACUUCCUGCAGCUUGCUGUCAUGGCAACCUAUAUCAGUCAGGAUCUUGUUAAACUUGUGCCCCUACUCACCAUCAUAUUUGUUUUUGGCAGGCUCAUCUACUGGAUCUGCCUCUCCCUGGACAGCAGCGUCCGGGGCUUCGGCUUCGGCCUCUCCUUCUUCCCGAUACUCGUCAUGUUGGGCACCAACCUCUACUUCGUGUGCUCGUCGCUUGGACAGGGGUCGGUGUUCCACGUGGCCCCGCCCACGACGGCUCCUCCUCCCAGGAUGCGCUGGUGGAUUUAAAGGUGAUGAGAUGCUGCCAGACUGACGGCUUCAACACCUUUAAUAGCACAACUCACAAGAAACUAGAUCUUUUGGUGUCCUGUACAAUCGUAAUCCUCUAGAUUUCAGUCCAGUUGAUUUGGCAUCAACUCGUGGUUGUCAGUUCACAAUUCAAAAGAGAUUAAAAAUGAUUGUGUGUCAAUACAAAUAGAGAAUCCGUUGUCAAGUAGAUGAAAUUGCGCCGGAUAACAUUUGUAAACUCAACCUAAAUACUUCUUUGGUAUCAGAAAUCUCCACAAUUGCUAAUAAAAAACUGAUACAUGAAAUGUUGACCAUAAAUGGGUCUGAUUUCAUUAAAUCUUCAGGAUUACGAUAAUAUUUAUUCUUGUAUAUUGUUUCGCCUCUCUACAAAAAAAAGAAUCAACUACACAAACAACAUUGUUGUUGAAUUAAAAGCUGUACGAAA